UCUGAGCCUGGGCCCCAAGGGACCUUGCGGCUUCUGCUCUUGCUCUUCUUCCUUUGCUGGGUGAGCCUGCUGGAGAAUGGCAGCCUUGGUGGCCCAGUCAGCUCCAUCACCCCAGCCACCAGCCAGGCCACUGCCAGGCAUAUGAAACAGGCCAUUCUGGACCAGCCGGCGCCCGGGCACCCCCCAGCUGACCACAAGAACCGUCCUGCAGUAUUGGGAAGCUGAGUGAAGGGUACACAGCUUGGCGAGGGGAGGAUAUCUCAGCUGGUGAAGCUUCUGGAAAAGUUUACUCCUUUGAAGCAUGGCUGAGAAAGGAUGUUUCUAUUCCCGUGAUGCCAGUGGACUUCAUGAGUUCAAUGAAAUACCAUCUGUGAGCUGAUCUUUUGUCUGCUUUCUGUAUUGCCCUAGGAAUUUAAGGAGUUAUGGCAACAGCCUCCCUUUUGACUGUGUGGAUUCCUCCAGCUUCAGCCCAGCCCACGCUCACUGCCAUCCCACUCGACACCACCCAAGAGCCACUGGCCAAGCCCACCGUUUCAAUCAGCCCAGCCACUGCCAUAGAGCAGAGGGAAAUGGUGACCUUGUACUGUGACACCAGGGACACCAACGUUAUCGUCCGCUGGGUCUUCAACGGCCUCUCCCUCGUGUUCCAUGAGCGCCUGCAGCUAUCCACGGACGGCAGGAACCUCACCAUCCUCACCGUCCGGCGAGAGGACUCUGGGAGUUACCAGUGUGAAGUUGAGCGGGCCCUUCAGGUGCAGAGCAGCCAGCCUGCCUCCUUGGCCGUGAACUAUGGCCCCGACCCAGUGAACAUCACCACGGUACCAGCAUCCGGGAUGGUUGGUACCAUCGAGGCAGAGCUCAACUCCAGCUUGACCCUGCAGUGUUGGGCUGAUUCCAAGCCAGGCGCUGAGUAUCGCUGGACCCUGGAACACUCCGCUACGGUGCAUAAAGGGGACCACCUGAUCAUUGGGGCUCUGACCUGGGAACACCAGGGCGUCUACAAGUGCACAGCCUCCAAUGCCGUGACCGGCCUGGCCCGCUCCGCCUCUGUCCUGGUCAAAGUGGCAGAUCCCCAGCCCUCCUCCCUGUCCCCAAGAGCCAUCGCUGGCAUUGUCACCGGGAUCCUGACUGUCACUGCCCUGGCCGCAGGUCUGGGCUAUUUUCUCCACGUUAGCAAGACCAGAUGGUCCUCAAAAAGAAAAACAGAGGACCCCAUUCACGAGGCCACACAGACCACCUCUGGAGAGGAGCAAUCUACAGAGCCCAGUUCCAACAGGCUGAGACCAGAGUAUGACAAUUUACCCGAGCCCCAGAGACAGACUGGAGACAAAAAGAUGCGGCCACCAGACCUCCCGGAGCAAGUCUAUGAGGUGGAGCCGCCUUCAGCAACCCCUGGAGGCUUUUCCUUUAUCCCCAGGAAGCCACCACCUAGACCUGCCAUGCAUCCAUUGGUCCCUACUCUAACAAAAGGAAACACGGAGUCAAACUACGAGGUACUCAGGAAUCCAGAGCCCCACAUUUACUGCAAAAUCUACCCCUGAGUCUAAGGGAAGCAGAGAUCCUUUCUCCAGAAGUCCCAGAGAAACUGUGGUCCAUUCAAUGACGUUUACUGAGUGCCUAUUAUAAUCCAAUCAUCCUCUGUCACCUUUGUAGACCUAGUGAUGUUCUAGUUCAAUGGGUUGGUCAGGCUCUGGACCUUAGCGCCCAUCAAAUCUUAGGCUUUUGAGUCAUGUUCCUUUAAAAGCAAUAGAAACAGGGUGAAAGUAACAGCCCAUGGGCCUAGAAUGAGAGGGCCAAGGUUCCAGGCUCAGCAGCUGAGGAUAUAUCAUAGUUGCAGCUUGAAGAUGGGCAAACACUGUUGGUGGACACAGCAGCCAGGGAGAAGAAUAUGAGUUUGGGUCAGCCAGAGGUGAUCAAGGGACACAGGCAGGGGUCAGACAAGCAGCGGAUUUUCAAAUCAUGGUAGAGGAUAAGGAACAAGGAGCUUUUAAGAAAUGAUAGGAGAAAACAUGGUGUGAAGCCAGGGAUUGAGGCUCCCAAGGAGGGGCGGGCAUGAGAUGCUUCCUUGGAGAGUGACCUGCCAAUCAUCCAGUUGCUCUGGCAAGAAAUCUGAGUCAUCCUCAAGUCCCGUGCUCUUUUUCCCUUCAGUAAAUCUUAUUCUGACCCUCUCCACCCCUGCAUCCCUCAGGAUGCUAAGUAUCUCAGUAAAAUUUUGAGGGUUUCUU